UAUAGUGGUGUUUGCCCAAAAAGCGUCUACCAACAUCGAUGAUAAUUUUCUGCUUUCACUUAUGAAUUAUUUCGAAAUAAGUUAUUUUUUGGUCCGAAAUCCGUAAAGAUAACAUGGCAAACUGGAAGAGACUGCUUCCGAAAACACCCACGGAUACAUUCGCUUAUAUUUUUACAUUAUUUGGGAUAAAUGCAAUAUUUUAUUUUGAGCUUUUAUAUGUCCUCCCGAAAAUUGUUACAGAGUCAGAGGAUUAUGAGUACAGUUCAUGGAAGUGGUAUUUUCACAUGACAUGUGGGUGCGUCAUCUAUUUCAACGCAUUGAGUAGUUUUUGGAAGAUUAUAUCAACAGAAACAAGUAUCCGAGGACUCAUGUUACCCAGCAUUCUUAAGCCAGGAUGGAGGUUCUGUCAUAUAUGUGAAUGUAAUGCGCCACCUAGAUCAUUUCAUUGUUACACCUGUAAAACAUGCGUACUUCGCCGAGAUCAUCAUUGUGUUUUCACUGGGAAUUGUGUAGGGCACAAAAACCAUCGUUACUACAUGAUGCUGUUGUUUUAUAAUGCCCUUGCGGGUUGGUAUGCAACUUUUAUGAAUAUUAGUAUUGCCUGGACUAUAGUGGGAACUGAAUGGUUUCCUUUGUCACUACUCAAGCUCAUUUUUCCAUUCUUUGCCUGGGUUAUAGGUUAUGUUACCUUCAAUGAGAUGCUACUAUCGGCCAUUUUGCUGCUGUGCAUUGCUGCAAUGUGUGCAAUGACGGGACUACUUUCAUACCAUUUAAAGAAUCUUUAUCGGGGACAGAUAACGCAUGAGAGUACACAUAAUGUACUCAAAUAUGAUUUGGGAUGGAAAGAAAACGUGAGAGCUGUGAUGGGUGAAAACUGGAGAGUGGGGUGGUUAUCACCUUGGUUACCAUCUCCUCUACCCGGAGAUGGUUUAGAAUUUCCUUUAGCUAGUGUUUAUGAAGCUCCAAAAGAUUUAUAAAUAGUUCCUUUACCUAGUGUGUAUGAAGCUCCAAAAGAUUUAUAAAUAGUUCCUUUACCUAGUGUGUAUGAAGCUCCAAAAGAUUUAUAAACAGUAAUUUCAUUUUUCAAGGGAGGAAACUUUAACAUAUUGUAAUAAAGAUAAAUAAGAAUUCAUCAAAAUCAUUACUAAAGUGUUUUGAUAUGGAAAACAAUCAAUUUUGUAUUAAUAUUUCUGUGUAGUGUGAUUUUCAGGGCAUUUUUUGUGUUGCCUGAAUUAAAGUGAAUUUUAGUAUAUUUUAAAAAUCUGAAUAAUAUUAGAGACUAGAGAGUAUAUUGAACAAUUAUUUGUCACUAGUUUGUUAAAUUGUUACUGAGCUACAUUGUAUGUUAAUUAAGAGUUUGAAAUGCAUGACUUUGUCCGAUAAUUUUAUUUUAUUUUCACACUGAAGCAAACUCUUUUGAAGUAAGAUUUUUUUCAACUUUGUUUUAACGGAAAUGUUUUUCAUGAUAAACAAAUUUGAUUGCUGGAUACUUUAUGUCUAUUAUUGUAAAACCUGUCAUUGAUUCAUUUCAAAGUAUAUCAACGAUAUAUCAAUAUUAUAAUAUAUCAAAUGACAAACUUCAUCAAUUUACUGACUGUUAUUUAUUUAUAUUACAUUUUUCAUAGCCACAUUAUCUAUAUUACAUUUUUCAUAGCCACAUUAUCUAUAUUACAUUUUUCAAAGCCACAUAUAUUACAUUUUUAAUUGAUAUUAAAAUUAAUUGAUAAUGGAUUUUUGUUCAUUAAGAAAUCAAUUGAUAAUGGAUAUUGUUAAGAAAUUAAUUAAUAAUGGAUUUUAUUCAUUAAGAAAUCAAUUGAUAGUGGAUAUUAUUCAUUAAGAAAUUAUUUGAUAAUGGAUUUUAUUCAUUAAGAAAAUCUACUGCUGGUUUAGUAAUAUUAUGGAAAUAGUGCCUUUUAGAUAAUAAUUUUUGUAUAUGUCAACUGUAAAUUUAACUAUCAAAGCAACUGUUUUAAAUUUGUAUUUUAUACUUUUUUAGUUCUUUUUUUUGUGAUUUGAUUUUGUGCCACAGUAGCUUGACAUAUUUUGUAUGUUUUUAGCUCACCUUGCACAAAGUGCAGGUGAGCUUUUAGGAUGGCCAACCAAAUGGCGUCCUUCGUCUGUCGUCCGUCCACAUUUUAAAUAUUCUAAGGACAUCUUCUAUGAUACCGCAAGGCCAAUGUUAAUGAAACUUAGCAGGAAUACUCUUUGUAUGAAGCUCUAUCAAGAUUGUUCAAAGAAUUCCAUUUCAUGCAGAACUCUGGUUGCCAUGGCAACCGAAAGAAAAAUCUUUAAAUAUCUUCUUUUAAAGAACCGUAAGAGCUAGAGCUUAGAUAUUUGGCAUGAAACAUCUUCUAAUGAGUGUCUACCAAGUUUGUUCAAAUAAAAGCCUUAGGGUCAAAAUUGGCCCCGCCCCAGGGGGUCAUUGAUUUUCCCUAUAUGCAUAUAGUAAAAACUUAAAAAAUCUUCUUUUAAAGAACCCAAAGAGCUAGAGCUAAGAUAUUUGGCAUGAAACAUCUUCUAGUGAGUGUCUACCAAGUUUGUUCAAAUAAAAGCCCUGGGGUCAAAAUUGGCCCCGGCCCGGGGGGUCAUUGAUUUUCCCUAUAUGCAUAUAGUAAAAACUUAAAAAAUCUUCUUUUAAAGAACUGUAAGAGCUAGAGCUUAGAUAUUUGGCAUGAAACAUCUUCUAGUGCAUGUCUACCAAGUUUGUUCAAAUAAAAGCCCUGGGGUCAAAAUUGGCCCCGUCCCAGGGGGUCAUAGAUUUUCCCUAUAUGCAUAUAGUAAAAAGUUAAAAAAUCUUCUUUUAAAGAACCCAAAGAGCUAGAGCUAAGAUAUUUGACAUGAAACAUCUUCUAAUGAGUGUCUACCAAGUUUGUUCAAAUAAAAGCCCUGGGGUCAAAAUUGGCCCCGCCCCAGGGGGUCAUUGAUUUUCCCUAUAUGCAUAUAGUAAAAACUUAAAAAAUCUUCUUUUAAAGAACUCAAAGAGCUAGAGCUAAGAUAUUUAGCAUGAAACAUGUUCUAAUGGGUGUCUACCAAGUAUGUUCAAAUAAAAGCCCUGGGGUCAAAACUGGCCCUGCCCGGGGGGUCAUUGAUUUUCCUUAUAUGUGUAUAUCAAAAACUUAAAAAUCUUCUUUGAAAAAACCCAAAUAGCUUGAGUUUAGAUAUUAUACAUGAAACAUCUUUAAGUAAAUAUCUACAAAGUUUGUUCAAAUAAAAGCCCAGGGGUCAAAACUGGCCCUGCCCCAGGGGUGUCAUUGUUUUUAACUAUAUGUGUAUAGUAAAAACUUAAAAAUCUUCUUUUAAGAAACCCAAUGAGCUAGAACUUAGAUGUUUAGCAUGAAACAUCUUCUUAUGGGUGUCUUACCAAGUCUGUUCAAAUAAAAGCCCUUGGGUA